GAAGCGGUUCUGGCCUACCAAGCAAAUUCGCAAAUUCACAAAUUCACCUUCUCUCCAUCCCCUCCCCCUUCCUUCCCUCACCUCGAUCCACAGGCCUCCCAGAGAAGCUCCCCUUUCUUCCCGCCGGCAAGAGUGAGGGAAACCUGAUGAGUUGAAGCUGCCGCUCUUCCCCUCACUCGACCCGUUUUCCCCUGAAACCCGGAGCCUUCCCCUUUGAAAACCCUUCCCCUCUCACUCGUCUUUAAGCCCCUCCUAGUGUCUUGGGGGCUGCUGACCAAGACCCUAGCAAUUAUGAUCUACCCCUGUUUACUGGAUUCAGGGUCCAUCGAGCUAAGCCCAUUAUGGACUAGGACAUAUUUUUCGCUUGUUGAACUUUAAAUGCUGGAAACAGUGCCCAGCACCCCAACAAUCUCUUCCUCCCACCUGCCAGUUCUCUCCCCAGGAAUUGCCACCCUACCACGCCCUACACCACUUCUUCGCCGAUUUCCCGGCCCAAUUCCCUCGAAAAUGGCGGACGCGCUGCCAGAGCAUCCUCCCAAGGUUCCAAUUCCUAUGAGCGACGAUAGGAUAUGGAUAGAUGGCUGUUUUGACUUUACACACCAUGGUGAUUCCUCCCGUCCGUCCCAACCCCGUUAUCUAACCCUUUUUUAGGCCACGCCGGUGCAAUGCUACAAGCGAAACAGCUCGGUAAGUACCUUGUAGUCGGUGUCCACAGCGAUGAAGAAAUUCUUGAGAAUAAAGGCCCUACUGUAAUGAAUAUCAAAGAACGGUUAGAAAUUUCAGCUACAGAUAUUAUCUACUGUACUGUCGGACCGUACUGACAAACUUCAGAAUGGCUGCCGUAACUGCAUGCAAAUGGACCGACCUCCCGGUCCCCGGCGCUCCAUAUGUCACAUCACCAGAGUGGAUGGAUCUCUAUGGUACCCGCUAUGUGGUCCACGGUGACGAUGUCACAACGGACAGCUCAGGAGAGGAUUGCUACCGGAUCGUCAAAGCUGCCGGUCGUUUCAAAGUUGUCAAGAGAACGCCGGGCAUUUCUACAACCGACCUUGUCGGACGAAUGUUGCUGUGCACAAAGACGCAUCACAUCCGAGAUCUCGGAAAGCUGCUUUUAAACCAGACAAGCGAGGAGGGCAGAGAGUUUUUGGAGAGGACAAAAAUGUAUGCCUCCAAUUCCUUUGGCGUUGUCGGCGAGGGUUCCACAGUGUACGACUUUGUUACGGAGCAGCCAGGAGGGAAGUGUGUUCCAGUUGUGUCUGGCAUCGGUGCGAAGCCCGGACAGAGAAUUGUGUACGUUGAUGGUGGUUUCGACCUUUUCUCCAGCGGACAUAUCGAGUUCCUGAGGAGAGUCGUGGAAAAGGAAAGGGAGGAGGGACACAAAGAUAUUUAUGUUGUAGCGGGAGUACACGAUGACCGAACAAUCAAUUAUUGGAAAGGAUUGAAUUACCCUAUUAUGAAUAUGUUCGAGCGAGGACUUUGUGUGCUACAGUGUAGAGUUUGUAUCACCCCCAUCCAUUGCAGGUUUAGAAGCGCUGACCCGAGAAUAGUACAUCAACUCAGUUAUUCUCACGGCACCCUUCUCGCCAACCAAAGAGUUUUUGGAAACGUUGCCUACGGGAGUGCCAUCGGUGGUGUACCACGGACCCACCACUUUCAUGCCCGGAGACGAAGAUCCGUAUGUUAACCCCCCGCAGUUCUUGGCCUACAUCUAAUCACGAAAUAGAUACGAGGAAGCAAAGGAGAUGGGUAUAUUUCAAGAAAUCGGAAAUCAUGAAUUUGCCGGUGUUAACGCCGGGGAGAUUAUGGGAAGAAUAUUAAAGCAGCGUGAGCUGUACGAGGAGCGCCAGAGGAGGAAAGGUGUCAAGAUAGAGAGCGAGAUGCAAAUGGUCAACUAGCUGCACUCAUGUACCACGUCCGGGAGUCUGUUUUCCCACGGCACCAGUAAGCAGACUAGAAAUAUUGAUACCUGUCAUUUAUAAGACUAUUCUGUUGUACCAAAAAAAAUUUAAAUUACCUAGGGCAUGGCGCAAGAGUGAAAAGGUUGCAAGCCCCUCGUCUAGGAAUGACUUGGGUGCGAAAUACCGGUACAGUAUCGAAGUUGUCGCAACUAAAUCACUAUAAACCUCAAAAUAGUCCAGCUGACUGCCCUCUGCCAAUCGGAAGAAGAUGAAAAAAAUGGAUGGGAGGCUACUAUGCCCACAGUGCACAGUGCACAUUUUUCCCCUCUAAGGUUUCCGGCACUAAGUUACCGCGCGACACAAGCACCGGUACCAGUGGCAGUUAUUGCAAGCUCAAGUUAAUGGCUAACUUACCGU